CGCGUGCGGCCCAACGGCGCCGCGGCCGCUGUCAUGGCAACGGGGGCGGUUGUGAGCGCGCGGCUCGGCCCGCCUCGUCGCGUUGGGUCGCCACCACGGGGCUCGUGAGGGCGGGCGGCGGAGAAGGCCGUGGCGAAGCGCUGAGGAACCGGCGCUUUCUUCCGGCGGGCAGGCCGCUAGCACGCGUGCAAAGCUAAUUUAGUGCUGCGGCGGGCUGCGGGGCGGCAGCGUGCAGGUAGAGGAGGCCGUCGGUAGCUGGUGUGCCGGCCGUGGCUGUCCUUAUCGCUGGUCGCGUUUGUUGAGCUGUACUGUAGGAUCCCUCCUCCCCUCUGCUGAGCUCGAGUCUGAAACGUAGCUCUGUUUCAGCUUUUCCACCUCAGGCUGGGUGGAAAAAGAGAUGCUGCGUGCUGGCCAUGGCUUUCAGGGCUGUGAAUUCAAGAAGACACUUUGGACUCCAGCAGCUCUCAUCCUUGGCAUGGGCUGGACGAACGUUAUUGGGACCAAUGAAAUCCUGUAAAUUUGUUGUGGAUGAAAGCUCCAAUGAAAGCGUGUUGAUUUGUUCUGCUGUUAGACUGAUGGAAAGUUUGGAUUUAACUAGUGCUGCCGGACAGCUUCUUAAUGAAACCAUUCAGGCUCAAAACAAGGAAUUUAAAACUGGGAUGAGUACCGUGUUGUUUCUUGUUGGUGCAUGGAGCAAUGCUGUACUGGAAUGCCUCCAGCAGAAUGUUCCUGUUUCAGCAAUAGUGUCUGUGAUGUCUGAGGGGUUGGACUCUUGCUGUGAGAAAGUCAAGUGUCUUCAAAUGUCAGUACAUGACGUAAAUAAAGAGCUGUGUUCUAGCAGUGUUAGGCCAAGCACUUCUGAAAGUAAAGCUUCCCAAAUUCCAUGUCACAGUUUUCUAAAUCGUCAGAUUUUUCUGUAUUUUCAGAAAGAUAUUUCUGCAUCAGAAGAACUUGUUCCAAGAAAUUCUUGUUUCCCUCAGGAAGCUGGUUGUAAUUUUAAUGAGAGCCUGGUUUCGCCUUUGGCCAGCUUUGGUUCAGUAGCUUCCCUUGUCAGAUCAGUGGAUGACAGUAGUACAUCUGUGAUUUCUGGAAGUGGUGUUUCUGCAUCCAGCUGUAAACAAAAAAAAUUAACUCACAGCAGAUACUUCAGCACUCUAGCAAAAAGCCAUAUUUCAAGUCAACUAGGCAAUUCUCAGGUAUACCUCUCAGGACAGUCAGCAUAUCCAUGUGAAUGUUACGGUUUAGGACACCUGGCAAUGGCUCUGAGCCAUGGAAAUCAGCUUAGUGUGAAACUGCUUAGAAGCAUUGUUGCCUAUCAGCACAAGAGAGCAGAAUGUAGUGGCUCUUCCCAGUUUAAUAUUGCAGAAAUUGCAACAUGCUGUUUACCAGGUCUGCCCGAAAGUUACUCUUGUGUGUGCCCAGGUUUUAUCACUCUAGUGUCACCAGAACAAGCUGCAGUUAUCAAAUACUUCCAAGACAAACCCCUUUGGAUUCUGCUAAUGGAUGGUGACCUAACUGAACAGUAUCGUCACUUAGGUUUCACUAAACCACGGAACGUAAGGACUGUAUUGGAGUAUCCUAGCCUACAGGAGGGUGGAUCGGGAGACUCGUGGCUAAGCAAGAUGUUAGAUAGUCUAAGAAGCUUGGAAGUAAACUUGGUUUUGGUCAAAGGAAACGUGUGUGAAAACUUAAUGGAAAGAUGCAUCGCAAACAAUAUAUUGGUAAUUGGUUCUGUGAGUCAGAAUGUGUUGAGUGCCUUUGGGGAGGUGACCAGUGCCCAGCCUGUGACAUACCUCUCUCAGCUGAAUGCUUCUUGCCUGGGGAGCGGGGUCCGAGUGGAGCUGUGGAAGGGCUGCGACGAGCGUGCAAUGGAACUGGGAGAGCUUGUGCCAGUCUGGAUAAAAACACAAGGAAUUCCCCUGCUUACGGCCAUGCUUACCACUACUGUAGCUUCAAAGAUGCAGCUCAUUGAAGACCAGUUUUGGACUUUUGUUUAUCGACUCCAUCAUGCUCUAAAAGAUGGGAAAGUUUUUCUUGGCGGUGGUGCAGUUGAGUUCUUGUGUCUUAGUCACAGUCAGGUGCUUGCAGAGCAGUCUUUAAAGCUAGCAAAUAAAAACGCUGUGAAGGAGUUUCAUAGUCCUCGGCUGGCAGCAUCUUCAUCAGAGUUUAAAUCAGUUGUGCUUCAAGCACUAGCAACUGGCUGGAACCAAUAUCUUUCUGUGGUUAUGUGUAACACUGCAAAAGCAGCAUCAGAGUUUGAAGCGCGUACCUUAAUUGAUCAUCACCUCCAAAAAGCAGCUGACUGUGGCUCUACCUCAGCAUAUGUACUGAAAGAGUUUGGAAGAGGUGAUAUGUUCACAGGGGGUUCUAUUGCCUUCACUGACAGUGGAAGGGAUGUAAAGGUUUAUGAUAAUGUUACAGCCAAGAUGGAGGCAUGGCGGAGAGCUCUAGACUUGGUGCUGCUAGUGCUUCAAACAGAUGCCGAAAUUAUCAUAGGUCCCAGAAGGACUCAGUUAUUGAACUCCCAUUCAGCAAGUGAAUUUAUGUUUUUGUAGGACUUGUAGGCUCACUUUUUUCUUUUUUUCUUUUUUUAAUGAGUCCAUAAGUCAGCGGGUGGAAGAAGUCUGGGUACAAUCUACAUUUCUUCAUAAAGCAAACAUUUAGAUGUGGUUAGGACUUGAGAGUAUAAUAGCAGAAAUCUCCAUGUGAAACAGUAACAAGGAAGGAUCUCAUUUCCCAUUUCUAGAAACUGGAGUUAAAUAACAAAACAAAAAUCACUUGCAGGCUAACCUCUUAAUACCAGCCAUGUGUUCCUAACUAAUAAUAUUGCCUAUAUGAAAAGGCUGAUCUGGUCCAGCUGACUUUUCUAACCUUAUUUAGCAGAGCAGAUGUGCAGUUCUUUUUUUCAUUAUAAAGAGAAGCACUGAGAAGUCAAGGUGGAUAAAUGUUAGAUUCCUUGUAUAAACUUAUAUUCCGAACACCUCGUGUCCGUAUAAGGCAUUGGCACUCAUAUGCCGUAAAGUACUUAAUGCCUUCUAAAGAGAGGGCUUUCCUACAUAACAUUGGCUUACUUGUCUGUGUUAGACUUAAGAGAUACUUAAGAUGUAUUUAAUAGUUUUCAAUAUCUUGCUCUUAAUUUCUGUGCUUAAUUUCUCCCCUAAUUUCCAAGUUAAUUUAUGACUGUUACGUCUUUAACUAAGAGAUUGUAUUGAUAGAUUCUCUUUUUCCAUACUUGCAUGGGCAAUGUGUUUUCUAUUUUGAAAUAUAUCUCCUUUGAAAUUUC